AACAGUAAUCCCAUCUAUUCUAAAUACAGAAAAUGGAUGAGUAACUUAAUUGAGUAUUGAAUAUAUGAGUAACUUCUUGUUGGUGCUUGCACUGCCUUCACUUUGUUAUUGAUUAGUUUUUAUUGUUUAUUUAAAACUGCAGUUUUGGAAAAUGGAUUUUGUAAGUCCAAUUAUUGGUCCUAUUGUUGAAUCUUUGUUGGUCCCUGUUAAGAAACACUUGGGUUUCUUGGUAUCCUCCACAAAGUACGUCAAAAAGAUGGAUACUAGAAUGAAGCAACUAAAUGUCAUAGCACAAGAAGUUCAAGAUGAACGGGACAAGGCUGUUGGAAACACAGAAGUAGUACCUGCACGUGUGGAGCCAUGGUUAGAAGAAGUAAAAAAUUUAAAUGAAAGAAGUAAUCUAAUAGAAGCAAUUGGAUGCUUCAAUGUGACAAAGAGAUACAAAGUUGGAAAACAAUCUUAUGGUAUUCUGGAGGAGAUAAAAGAUCUUGAAGACCGAGAAUCCAAAAUCGAGUUUACUCAUGCGCAAAGACCUCUUGCUGAGGUUGGUUCUACUUCUACACAGCCAUCCACAUCUACUAUGGGUACCCAAGACAACUUUGAGUCUAGAGAUUUGAUAUUUAAUAAUGCACUAAAAGCCCUUCAAUCAAAUGAAGAGUCCCAUAGCAUGAUUGCACUAUGUGGGAUGGGUGGUGUGGGUAAGACCACGAUGAUGGAACAACUAAAGAAGGCUGUCGAAGAUUUAAAAAUGUUCGAUUUAGUCGUGAAGGUGGUUUUUGGGGAAAACACUGACCGAACUUCUCUUCAAAAAGCUAUUGCUGAAUACAUUGGUAACACACUGGUUGAAACAACAAAAGAUGCAAGGGCUGAUCGUCUUCGUAAGAUAUUUGAGGUGAAGUCAGAACAAGGUCAAAAGAAAAUUUUGGUAAUAAUGGAUGAUAUUUGGAAGGAAGUGGAGCUCACCGACUUUGGACUAAGUCCUCUUCCAAACGGGUUAAAAUUGUUGUUCACGUCACGAUUUGAGAAUGUUUGCACCCAGAUGGGUGUUAGAAUUGCUUCAAUUUUUAGAGUAGGCGUUUUAAGUGGCAUUGAAGCAAAAACUUUAUUUUUUAGAAUUUGCCAUUUGGAUGGUGAUCAGGACGAACUCCAACGGAUAGGUGAAGAUAUUGUGAAGAAAUGUGGUGGUUUACCGAUUGCUAUAGUAACAAUUGCCAAAAGUCUUAGGGGUAACAAAAAGGAGGCAUGGAAAGAGGCACUUUCCAAUUUACAACAUCAUGAUCUUCAAGACCAUGAUAACAUUGUACAUAAAGUUUUUGAAAUGAGCUACAAAAAUCUCAAAAGGGAGGAUGAUAAAGCAAUUUUUCUUCUUAGCGGCUUAUUUCCAGAUGACUUUAAUAUUCCAGUUGAGGAGUUGAUGAUGUACGGAUGGGGAUUGAAUUUGUUUGCUAAUGUACACACUUUAACAGACGCAAGGAUACGGGCCAACGUUUGUGUUGAAAACCUCAUACAUGCAAACUUGUUGACUGAAAGUGAUGUCAUCGGGUGUGUCAAAAUGCAUGAUCUCGUCCGUGCUUUUGUUUUAAGCAAUUUCUCGAAAGUCAAACAAGCUUCAAUUGUCAACCAUGAUAGCAUGGCAUCGAAGCGACUUAUAUCAGACUCUUGUGAAAGAAUUCUAUUAAAGUGUACAGGCAUGUCUGGAUUUCCUGUAGACUUUAAUAGCACAAACCUCUCGCUUCUGAUUCUAAUGGACGGGUAUGAGUUCUUUAAGCUUCCGGAAGAUAUGUAUAAAAGAAUGAAAAACCUUGAAGUUGUGUCAUAUGUGAACAUGGGUAUUCCCAGGCUUCCGAUAACGUUCGGGCACACAACCACACUUCGAACACUUUCUCUUCGUUCAUGCUCGAUAACGGAUGAUAUCUCUUUUCUUGGAAGUCUUUGCAACUUGGAAACACUGAGCCUUGUUGAUUGUAACAUAAGAAGGUUGCCAUCCGCCAUUGGAGAGUUGAAAAAACUAAAGUUACUAGAUUUGACCGGAUGUGUUGACCUUUAUAUUGAUCAAGGGGUAUUGCAAAACUUGCAUAGUCUUAAAGAGCUUUAUAUGAGGGCUUCUAAAGGUAGGCCUGUUAGGUUUGCAAAGGCCAAUUGUGACGAAUUGGAGAAGCUUUCACAGGUUCUUUUUGCAUUAGAGUUGGAAUUUUAUGAUAAUGAGCUCCAACCAACAUGCGUGUCCUUUAAGAACCUUGAAAGGUUUAGGAUCUCUGUAGGCUGUGAGUUGAAUUAUGGUGAAAAGUAUUCAUUCAGAAACACGCUAAACCUUGUUGCAGAGUGCACCGAGCUUAACGAAAGCAAUAUUGGAGACCUAUUUGAAAGAACAGAGGAACUUCGGUUACAAGUGAAGUAUAUGAUCCAUCUUAAAGACGUUUCAUUGCAUCACACAUUUUCCCAACUAAGAAUCCUUCAUAUUUCCAAGUGUGCAGAAUUGACACACCUCUUUACAGUUGAUAUGGCAAAUGGUUUGAAGCAGCUUGAGCGGCUUAAAAUAUCCGAGUGCCCUUGUUUGGAAGCACUUAUUGGUGAGGAUAGUGGAGUUGGGUUGGUUACAUUAAAAAAGUUGAAUUAUAUGUUUUUGGAGGAUCUACCAGAAAUGGUACGUGUGUGCGACAAUGUUGUUGAAUUACCAGAAAUGGUGGAGUUGAAACUUGCUGGCCUUCCCAACUUCAUGAGCAUUUAUCCGGAUGAUUCUGAAAUGCAACCAUUAUUCAAAAAAGAGGGUGUGACUCCUAAGUUGGAGAAAUUAGAUAUUUCUAACAUGGAGAACUUGAAGCAAAUAUGGCCGUGUCAAAUGAAUCAUUUAGAAGAGGUUGUAGUUAAAGAGUGUGGUUUCAUUGAAGUGUUAUUCAACAUCGACUUCGAAAGUGUUUGUGGAAUGGGGAAACACAGUAGCAGCAGAUUAAGAACGAUUGAAGUGAAGCAACUAAGGAAGCUAAAAGAGUUGUGGAGGUUUGAAGGCGUAAAUGAAUCUCAUACCCUCGUCAACAGCUUUAGAGAUGUACAAACUAUUCACAUACAAUCUUGUGACAACUUUACAGAUAUAUACACACCUACCACAACCAAUUUUGAUUUGGGGGCACUUACCACUUACUUCAACGUUACAUUCACUAGCAUGGAGGAGGAAGAAAGGGAAAGAAACAAUAAAAUGAUUAAGAGUAAUCAGGAGAUUAAUGAAAUAAAAGAAGUGGAUGAUUACAUUCCAGAUGUCACAUACCCAUCUUAUCUUCUCCACACUUGUCCUCACCUUCAAAGUCUUCAAUUAAUUAGUGAUGAUAGAGUAGGGGAGGUGGUGUUUGAGAUGGAUAGUCCAACAAGUAGUAGUAGAAAAUUAGCAAUAAUUCAACCCCCACUACUACUACUUCCCUACCUUCAAACUAUAUACCUAGGACACUUGAAGAAGAUGAGUCAUGUGUGAUUCUUAAUUCGUCAUCAUCCACCUUUGCAAUUUCCAUUCCAAAACCUCACAGACCUUACCUUGUUCAAUUGUGACAAAAUAAAGUACUUGUUGUCUCCUUUUAUGGCAAAAUAUUUAUCCAACUUAAAGUGUGUGUUUAUUUAUGAAUGUCAUGGUAUGGAAGAAGUUAUUUCGAGAAGAGAGGAUGAAAUUACAACAUCUACAUCUGCAUCUUCUUAUCAAGACACCGCAUUCUUUCCUCAUCUUGACACUCUGGCGCUUCAAUCUCUCCCAUGUCUAAAGCGUAUCGAUGAUGAAAAGAAUAUCGUUCAUGAUCACCUCCAGAGUGCUCAAGUAACCGGCUCUUAUUGGUCCUUGUGCCAAUACCCCACAAAGAUAACCAUAAGUGGCUGUGAGGCAUUGUCAAGUCUAAUUCCAUGGUAUGCAGCAGGACAAAUGAAAAGGCUUCAAGAGCUGAAAAUUAGUAGUUGCUGGAAGAUGACAGAGUUAUUUGAAAAUGAAGGAAGUGGGGCUGGUACUUCAUUAACAAGUCUACCUCUACAAAACAGUACCACUGUAGCUGUCCCUCAACUCUCCAACUUAGUAACUGUGGGUAUCUAUGAGUGUCACCAUCUGACACAUAUAUUCACAUUCUCCACUCUUAAGACUCUCAGUCAUCUCAAACAGUUGAAAGUAAAAAGAUGCAACACAAUACAAGUGAUUGUAAAAGAAGAAAACAAAACGUCAUCAGAAGAAGAAGAAGAAGUUGUGGUGUUUCCUAAUCUGGAGACGCUUGAACUUGACCGUCUACCAAGCCUCAAGGGUUUCUUCUUGGGAAUGAAUGACUUCCGAUGUCCCUCAUUGGUGACUCUUAUGAUCAAUGAUUGCCCUAAAUGGGUGGUGUUUACAUCUGGUCAGUCGGAAACUCCAAAGCUCAAGUACGUACACACAAGCUUUGGCAAACACAGUCUUGAACAUGGUUUUAACUUCCAGACCACAUUCCCAACAUCUUCAAAAGGGAUGCCUUCUUCCUUUCAUAAUCUGAUAGAAAUUAAUAUCGAGAAUCCUCUGAUAGAAAUUAAUAUAGAGAAUCAAGAGGAUGUUGGAAGGACUAUUGUUCCAUCUCAUGCGCUGCUACAACUGGCAGCAAAUUACUAUAAAAGGACCAUGUAAUUGGCUAGAAGAGGUAUUUGAAGUAGUAGCAGUGGAAGGGAGUGGUUCCAGUGAAUCAAAAACUCUUGUCCCAAUUCCAAACCUAACACAACUAAAGUUAGAGUUCUUAUAUAGUCUCAAGUAUUUAUGGAAGAGCAAUCAGUGGAUGGUACUGGAAUUUCCAAACCUAACAACUCUCUCUAUUUUCAAUUGUUGGAACCUAGAACAUGUUUUUACAUGUUCCAUGGUUGGUAGUCUAGUGCAACUCCAAGAACUACAUAUAAGCUGGUGCAACAAGAUGGAGGUAAUUGUGAAGGAAGAAGAAGAAGAAUGUGAUGCCAAAGUAAAUGAGAUUAUCUUACCUCGUCUAAACUCCUUAAAACUAGAUAACCUUUCAAGACUCGAGGGAUUUUGCCUAGGGAAGGAGGCUUUCUUGUUGCCAGCUUUGGAUACUUUACAAAUCAAAUACUGCCCAUCAAUUACAGUUUUCACCAAGGGACACUUGUCUACCCCUCAGCUGAAAGUAAUAUAUACAAAUUUUGGGAUAUGUGAUGUAAGGACAGAUGUCAACUCCUUUAUAGAGACCAAACUAGAAGAGGGGCAUAAAUUUUGUAGGUAGAAUAUGAAGAUUGUAUGUUUAAUAAGCAAGGUUUUGUAAGGUUGUGCAGAGUAUGAUAAGUGAGUUUGAAUCGCAAGGGGCGCUUACAAGUAGCAAUUCGAGGGUUUCAUCGUUGGCUACGUGUUGUGGACCAAGUAUGUGCUUCAGAAGUGCUAAGGUGCUAUUGAAGGAGAAUAUCGUGGAACCCAUGAGGGACAUUAGGAGAGCUCUUUUAGCAGCGGAUGGAUGUGAAAACUUUUCCGUACUCUUUAGGUUUCAUUUGUAUUGUAUGUAUGUGAUAAUACACUUCAUAUUUAUUUAAGUUUCUGAUUCUGGUUGGCAGGUUAGCCUUCUGUUGUUAGAAGGUUUGUUUAAGCUGUAAGUGAACAAGUUGUUGGUGUGAUUAGAGGAGUCAAACCAGAUCAGCAAUUGGUCAAAAUUGUAAGUGAUGAACUGGUGAAGUUAAUGGAGGAGAAAUAUUUGAACUGACCUUCACAAAAUCGGUUCCCACAAUGAUCUUACUGGCUCGUCUUCAAGGUGUGGGGAAGACUACUAUAUUACCAUUGAAGUUGUUGCUAAGCAUGCUAACAGGCAGAAGAAGCACAGCAGCAGAGACGUUCACUGGAACGUAAAAAGCUGAAGAGUUACGUUUGUUAGACAUUAAGAAAAGGCAACAACAACGCGUAGAAGAAAUCAGAGAAUCUCAUGACAGGAUGAGGAAAUCAUGAACAAAAAAGAAAUGUAUCGUAUUGAAGUCCAACACAACCUUAAGAAGUUGGAAAUGACAUGUCAUGAUAUGGCUUCAUUACUGUGCGGUUUAGGAAUCCUCGUCAAGAGCCCGUACACUACAUCACAUCAGGUUCAUGCGGCUUACAAACGAGCGUUACUAAGGUUUCAUUCGGAUCGACCAUGCUCGGUAUCUGAUAUGCGACAACAAGUUGAGGCAGAAGAAAAGUUCAAGCUUAUAUCGCGCAUGAAGGAGAAAGUCAGUAACAUCCCAAGCUUAAAGUACUUAUAAACAAGCAUUAGUGAGCUUUCAUCCAGACCGAGCAUGGUUGGGAUCUGAUAUGCACCAACAAGUUGAGGCUGAAGAAAAGUUCAAACUUUCGCAUAUGAAGGAGAAAGUCAAUAACAUCCUAAGCUUAAACGAGGCGAGCCUCUCAUGAUCUACCGGAGAUUGACUUUCUGAAUGCUUGAUACGAGCCGUGUUUGGGCUCUCUUACAUUAAAUGAGUUGUGUUUGAAGUCAAGUAAUCAAAUAUUAAUAUUGGUAUAACAACUUAAAGUAACAAACAAAAUCAAUGUUUUAUUAUCAUUGACGGACUGAAUUCCAGGCCCAAAAUAACGUUUUGUUUAUAUAAUAUGGAGGUUAACAUUUAAGAGUAACCUCACACAUUUUUUUUGGGUUUUAAA